AUGGCAAAACGAAAGCUGGAGCAACCGAAAAGCGUGGAAGAGAAAUCCGUAAAAAUUGCAAAGAAAAUUGAUUAUUUUUCAAAGUUUUGGGACUUAAAACUCGAUGCAGUACAGAGUGAACAACUGAAGAAGAGCAAAACCGAAGAGACACGAUUCUCUUUGCCCGGUCUCGGAAAGUGCGUAUUUUACAAGGGACUCGACAGUUUUGAGGUAUCCAAAGCGAUACAAUUUCAGAAAAAUCGAAUGUUUCAGCCGUUGACCUGUGAUCCGUCGAAACUCGGAUGGAACGAGGCGAUUGUGCAGAACAUGAUGGACCUUUUGAACGAAACAGAGGUGCCCGCGGACAAGAAAGCCGUUUUUGAGGCGGAAAGAAGGGAACUCAUGGACUUCACCUCCCGAUACACCAGUCUUCUCGCCAUCCCCAAAGAUCACGACGGAUACCGCGUAAAACAAUUUUUCGGUAAAAAAAAAAUUUUCGACAUUUUUCAGUCAGUCUACUGUGCUCACGUCGUCCAACACGUCAUCAGAAACAGAAAUCUGAUCAUUGAAAACAAGAGAAAACUGGAAAUCGCGGCGGCGCAAGAGGGCGGAGCCAGCGAGGAGCUGAUCGAAUCGUGCCGAGAUUCGGGAUUCGUGCGUCCCACCGUCGUUAUCCUCUGUCCGUUCAAAAAAGACGCCUACGAUAUUGUGCAUCGAUUGAGACGCAUCUUUCAUGGAAAAGGUAAUAUUGAGAAAAGAAAUUGGAGAGGAGAUGGCAUUAUUUCAGAUGAAAGUGGCGAAGUGUGGAACAAGAAUCGAUUCGAGGAGGAGUACAGCGGUCCGUCGGAUGUUCCGUUCGCCAGAGCCGAUUUACCAGAAGAUCACAAGGUAGAAACGAUUAAAAUAAACUGAAAGUCCAAUGUUUUCUCGUGCAGGAACUGCUCCGCGGCAAUAACGACGAUUCGUUCCGCAUCGGAAUCGCCAUCUCUAAAAAAGUGAUGAAAUUGUACGAGAAGUUCGAUAAAGCCGACAUUCUUCUGUGCUCUCCGCUCGGGCUCCGAAUGAUUGUUGCCGGCGAGGGAAAAGAGGCGUAUCUCCUCAGCAGCAUCCAUAUUACCAUUGUGGACAGGGUAAGGGACCGACAGAAUCGACACGGGCCUGGAUUGGACCGUAACAGUCUUAGUUUAAGGCAUUUUCCUUUGAAGUUUUAGCCCGAAUCCGUAGUUUUUCCGACAUCACGGUUUUUCGGCUUCAAAUCUAUAUGUCCGCAUCAGAGAAUCUAAUGAACCUGAAACUUCCGAGGUAGAUACUACAAACCAAGACUGAUAAUCGUAUAAAGUUCUGGUCCGAUGGGAUAACCGAAAAUGGUUCAAAAGUCCUGGAAAGAACAGAGAAUAAUUUAAACGUUUUCAGACCGACAUAAUCCUGCAACAGAGUUGGGAAAAUGCGACGAAUGUGCUCGAAUGUCUCCACAAGCAACCGUCAAAGAUCGACACGGACAUCUCGAGAGUCCGAAAGGUGUACCUUGGUAGGCUUUUUUUUUGUGAGCAUUCCCUGAUUGGUCCCCCUUCAGACGGUCAUGGUAGCCACUUCUCCCAAGUGCUCUUCUUUUCUCGGUUCUCCAACGAAUUAGUGCUCUCGUCGAUGACCGAUACUUUUGGUAACCAUCGUGGUGCGGUGCUGAACACGCCGACCUCUUCCGGAUGUCUCGAUAAAGUGAGUGCUGUCCGAUCGGGACCAGCCCCUGAGAUCGGACUCGAUUUUCAGAUUGAGAUCCCGUUGUGUCAAGAACUGCACAGAGUCAACGUGAACAACAACUCGGAGUUGACGGUGAACCGCAUCGAAUAUUUUAUGAAGAAGAUUGUGCCGACUCUGCUGCCGCGCUCGCUCAUCGUCAUCCCCAACUAUUAUCACUUUGUUCGCGUCCGAAAUGAGCUGAAACGCGCCGAAGAGAGCUUUGUGGCGUGCCACGAAUACGCGCCACGCUUCAAAACGGACCGCGCGAGAGACAUGUUCCUGCACGAGAAAAAGAGUUAUCUGCUCGUCACCGAGAGAUGGUACUUCUUCAAUCGCAGACACUUGAGGGUGAGCCUUCGCGUUUUGAAUUCCUCUACAACAUCUAUUCAGGGCGUCCACCGAAUCGUGUUCUUCCAACUUCCGAGCCACCCGAGCUUCUACCCGGAACUCGUGAACAUGUCCGAUGCGAGCGUUCUCCAACGCAUGCUCACCGUCAUCCUCUUCACGCGAUUCGACCGUUUCCGUUUGGAAUACGUCUUCGGAUCCGACAUGGUCAACAACAUAAUAAACAAUAAUAAUAGAGUCCAGGUGCUUGUUAGCGAGGGCCAUUCCAAAUAACCCUUUUGUUAUUCAUUGUUGUUUCGCUUUUCCGGCAUUUCGUUGUUUUCGUUCUAAUUUCGAUAUAUUCCCGAAUCAUGCCCAGACUGAUCAUCGUGGAUUGAUCCAACAUUCAUUUUGAACUCACUUGUUGCUUGUUAGACCUAUUAGUCCUGGAUAAACCCGUCGAACCGUGGUGCCGCCCGUCUCUUUGUUUACUGUCUCCGCGCGGAACGCAAGACGCUUUUCCUGCCGCCGCGGAGGAGGAGGAGGAGGAAAAAGUCACUGGAAUGACUGUCGCGACUAUUGAUUUUUGCGCGGCGACAACCACCAAUUCCCAUGCUUUGUAUGCGAAUUUCAAAUGUUUCAUUAUAAUCGCUCGGGUCCCUCAAAUCGCCCAUUUUUCCGUUUUCAGCCCUCCGAAAUGAGCUAUUUCUCGUUUUUGUGCCUCUUUUUCCAUUUCGCAACCGCCCACGGUUACAUGGGAGCGGUGAUGGGCAAAUUGACGACGUGCGACGACGCGAAAACGAAACUGGACAAGGAUUGGGAUCCGCGCGAUUUCAGCGCCUUCACCUGCUCCUCUUCAAUUCACUACGCCGUUCAGAAGGUGGGUUUCUAGGCCACGGCCACAGGGCAAGUGCUUUUUUUUUAAACUUUGAUCCUACAAUAAUAUAUUUCUUGAGGACAUCGACCCGGUGCUCUUCGAUUUGGUCCAGCAGAACAGCACGUUCAACCCGAAAACGGACCAAGUGAUGCACAGAUGCAUGGACGAGAGCAUCGAGUACGAGGACCGAAUUCCCGUCAGGUACGUGGCCUAGGAUCCGACAAGCCAAUCAUUCAUGGACCCAAUUUCAGAGGAGAUCACCGUCCGAACUGGGCGCGCUUCGGAGAAUAUCUGUACGUGCCGGUGCAGCGGUGGCUGCACAAUCUGGAGCACGGAGCCAUCGUCCUUCUCUACCAUCCGUGCGUCGAUGUGGACGAAUUGAACAAACUGAGACAGCUGGUGACGUCAUGCAUCUAUCGCCACGUCAUCACUCCCUACAUUAAGCUGACUGCCGAACGGGUGAGCGCCUAAACGUCUGAAAAUUGGUGUGUGAAUAAUUCAAGUCUAGUACUUGAUUUUUGUAAUUGAAAACUGUAGCCCUUGGAAGUUAGACCACCUGAGAGUCUUUAUUGAAAAGGAUGUAUCUCGGCUGCCGGUACAGAUAUCAAAAAGUGUUCAACUAAUGAAUUGUAUAUCACGGUCUCCAGAGCUGACAAUAUGGGCGUGGCCUCGGCGGCUUAAUGGCGUUUUCAUGAAUUGAGCACAUUUUCUCUGAUUUUUGUGGUCAAAGGCGAUGAAAAAUGAUUGUUCGACAUGAAAACACAACAAUUCUCGAGAAUUAAUGACGUUUUGGCGCAUUUUUCGCGGACUUUGCUUUUUCGCCUUCGCCGCCGAUCGCCGCACUUCUCAUUUUGCGCUUUCUUGACCGUUUUCAGACAGAAUUGGUUUUGAGAAUGAUAAAUCACGUAAAUACAAGCAUUUUGAGCGCUCGAACCGCGGAAAUUACAGCAAAGCAACUGAAAUUCACGCAGUUUUAGCCAAAAACCUUGAAACGGAUAAAUGUGAUUUGCGCCUUGACCAAAUUCAACGCUCUUGCGCUUAAAAAAUUCGUAAUAGCCUAUAUAAUCGGUCUGUCGAGAGACAAAUGAGAAAUUAUCAGUUUUUCGUGGCUAAUCUGGCAAAAAACACUAAUUUUGCUGUUAAAAUUUGAAUUUCGCGCCAAUGUAUCGCUCUAUUGGGCGGGGCGCACUUGCGCCCAUUGUCAGCUCUGGAGACCGUGAUGUACAUAAUGUUCUAAUGAACAUUUGAUUAAUUGACAAAUGUUUGAUAUCUCCACCGGCUGCUAAAAUAUCUUGUCUUGAAGUAACCUCUUUGCAGCCACUGGCCCUGGUCGGCUGGGGAUCGCGUCUCGAAAUGAACUCGGUGGACGAGAAGAAAGUGGUGGAAUACAUGAAAAAGUACGGAAACCGGGCACCGGAAGAGAUCACCCGCGACGGAAAGUACGACGCGUACUUGCUCCAACCGGCCAAAUCGGUCAGCGAGAAGGACGAGCACAUUUGCCCGAAUCAUUGA